AUGUCUGAACUCAGCCAGAUGCGGCAGGAGGAUGUCCUGCCUCUGAUCGUCAGCCAACUUGCCGAGUAUGGUUAUGCACAGUUGGCACAGGUGGUCGCCGAACAAACUCAUACCUCUGUGACGAUUAAGCCUAGUCCACGUCUCAGUGAGAUGCUCUUUAUCGCACAAGAGGAAUCGGUGGAGAUUGAGCCGACAGACCACACCAAACUCCAACAAGGAGCCGCCUCCGGUGCAAUGGAAGAAGAAGAUGACGAUGACGACGAUGACGAUGACGAGGAAAUGCAGGACGCCACCGCAGGAGCACCAACAGGACCCUCUGAAGGCGGGGACACCAACACCGACGCCGACACCAACACCAAAACAAAAGGAGGAAAACGUCCGGUCAUGACCCGUCUCAACCUGGACAUGGACCCGAAAUCGAGCCACCGGACCAAAGGUCCCAACCUGAAGACGGUUUACACGACGACACACAAGGAAUCGGUGACCUGUACGACGUUCAGUAAAGACGGGCGGUAUGCGGCUUCCGGAAGCGCAGAUACAUCGCUCAAGAUCUUGGACGUGAAUAAAAUGAAGCUCGUUGAUCAUGAUGGCGGCAACGAUGUUCAUCCGGUGAUUCGCACUCUUUAUGACCAUACCACCCCUGUGACGGAUUGCGAUUUCCAUCCUAACGGCCUCGUCCUCGCGGCCAGUUCAGACACUGUCGUCAAGCUUUACGAUCUCUCCAAGCCUUCCGUCAAGCGCUCCUUCCGCUACCUCCAGGACUCUCACCCGAUCACCUCGGUAUCAUUCCACCCUUCAGGCGACUUCCUCCUUGUCGGAUCUGAAUCAGAAACCGUCCGAAUCUACGACGUCAAAACUCUCCAAUGCUUCACACCCAAAGCCUUCACUGCCCCACCCCCACCGCCCACCAACCGCCAGUCUGGCAACGAUGAUUCUGCAGCGUCGGCAGCAGCGGCACAACAUCAACACCAAGUCCAACAACAGGGUCCUCAUCGUGGAGGGAUCAAUCAUAUUGAAUAUGCACCGACGGGAUCGGUUUUUAUCAGUGCGUCACAGGAUGGGUCGAUUAAAGUCUGGGAUGCGAUUUCGGGCAAGGUGGUGAGGACGAUUGAGGGUGCGCAUAGCGGGAAGGGAAGGGAGUUCUCGGGAGUGACGAGUGCUACCAUCUCAAAGAAUGGGAGGUAUAUCUUGAGUGGAGGGAUGGAUUCGUCUAGGAAGUUGUGGGAUUUGGGAAGUGGAAAGUUGAUCCAUAACUUCUUGGGUGCUACUCAGAAGAUGGAGAAGCAAUCAACGGUAUUCUCAUACAACGAAGACUUUGUCUUCAGUUCUGACGAAUCCAACAACACGAUCGUCUGCUGGGACUCGCGUUCAGGAAGCCUGGUCAAGCGGUAUGCAGGACAUCAGGGGUUGAUCCGGUCUGUGGCUGCAUCGCCGGUCGAGAAUGCGGUCAUUAGCUGUGGAGAUGAUAAUCGUGUGAGGUACUGGUGUACUCCUGCGGCCUCUGCUGCCGCCGCUGCUGCCAAUGCUAACACGCAACGUCACCACCACCAGGGACAAGGACACCAGCAGCAGCAACAGCAGCCUCAAGGACAUCAUCAGGGACAUCAGCAUCAAGGGUCUUAUGGUGGUGGGCCAGGAUCGCCUUGA